CUUCAUUAUUGACAGCAACUCGGCGACUCGACUACCACAGCUGCUUGCGAUCUUCUCGAUGGUGUGUCCGUAGGAUUGCCUUGGUUCAAACCUACCGUCUGCAGUUACGGGACUCGGAGUCUAGCAGGCGCCUUACUGGUAGAGCUAUAUGUAGCUCCUGGAGUCCAAGAUGAAGUUGAAGUGGAACAUCUUCCAUAUCCUCGGCGAUGUGUCGCACACAUUAUCAAAGUUGAUUUUGAUAUGGGCAAUUCAUUCCAACAGCAGCGCUGAAGGAGUUUCGCUCAUCACUCAAGUUCUUUACGCCGCAGUGUUCUGUGCACGGUACUUGGAUAUCUUCACCUCAUCCGCGACAGCAGAUUGGAUGCACACAUGGAACUUCACUUUGAAGAUCUUCUACAUCGGUUCCUCGUUCUAUAUCAUCUUCCUCAUGACUAGUGUCUACGCUCGGACGCGCGAGCGGGAAAAGGCUUGGAAGUUUGGCUUAUACUGCUUGUUGGGCAGUCUGAUAGUCACCCCGUUCUGGUAUCUCAUCUUCCGCAAAUGGGUCAUCGGGCGGAAUGCGUUCAUAGGGGUGUCUUGGGUGUUUUCUGAGAUCCUCGAAUCUGUUUGCGUCAUUCCGCAGCUGCUCCUCCUCCGCCAAACCACAGUCCCUACUGUACUCGACUCUUUCUACCUCGUCGCUCUCGGCACGUACCGUUUUCUCUACAUAUUGAAUUGGAUAGUUCGCGGGGUAGUGGAAACCGGCUAUGUGGAUCCCACCUCAUGGGUGUGGGGGACUAUACAAACGGCAUUUAUCAUCGACUUCGCCUGGGUAUACUGGACGCGGCAGAGGGUGAAGCUAAGAAAAGGUGGGGUUGUAGAUUCUGAGGACCUAAGGCAAGGGUGGCUCGUUGGACGUUUUGUCGGAAGAAAGAGCUUAGAUUUUGAUUACGACGAAGAGACGGCAAGAGACCAGGAAGGGCAACCGAAAAACCGGUGGGGCCGACGCGGAAUUUCCGUCUCUGCCGAUGAAGGAGUCCUCGACCGAGAGGGCUCACCACAUCCGAAACGUGCCGAUAACGCGGGCUCCAAUCCGGAAACGCAGCCCUUGACGGACCCUGCCGCAUUUGAGAACGAGAGCGACGACGAGGGUGCGCCUCCGCACACAGCUCAGAGCUCAGGAGUAACAUGUGGCGACGAAUGGAAUGAUGACGUCGAUGAUGAUGCGCAAGAGCACCCUGGAGUGUCGAAAUGAUGAGUUUGGGUCAUGGAUUUAUGCGGUUGGUUCUGAUGACUGACGUCAACCUAUAUAACUUGAGUACGACCAUGAAGGUGUCCUCGAACAUAUCGGGAUUUGCGCUCGUCAUAGUUAUACUGUGGUCGGAGGCAUAUAUUUUGUAAAUGCCAGGGUGUGGAGCAAGGGGGAGAGACAGGCUGGGCACGGGCCAUAGAAACUGCGCGCACAACCUCGAAGUAACUCUAUUUAGGCUCCUAUACAGAUUUAUAAGGGACUCCCUAGUAAACUAAGAAUUUAGUACUUCUA